AGCCGCCACACACUUAUUCUUGAAGCUGAGCCCUCCAAGCGGUCGCUCUCCACCGCCAGCACAAGAUCCCCCUCAUUCCUCGAUUUCCCUCUCGAGUCGCACCAGCCCCUCCCCGCUCCUAGAUCAUGCGUCUCUUCCAGUCCGCCAUGCGCGCCUCGUCACCGCUCCUCAAGACGCGCUCGUUCGCCACCAACGCCUCUGAGCUGCGCUCCGUCGUGUUCAAGGACCACCUGCGCACGGUGCAGAUGGCCGACGCCAAGGAGACCGUUCUACCCGGCGGCCGCGACCUGUUCCCGCUGCUACCCAAGGCCUUCGAGGGCAUCAAGCAGAUCGGUGUGAUCGGCUGGGGCUCGCAGGGUCCCGCCCAGGCACAGAACCUGCGCGAGUCGCUCGAGGGCGUCUCGGACAUCAAGGUCAAGGUCGGUCUUCGCGAGGGCUCGUCGUCCUUCGCCCAGGCCAAGGCCGCCGGCUUCAGCGAGGACAACGGCACGCUCGGUGAGAUGUUCGACGUUAUCAAGGAGUCCGACAUGGUGGUUCUGCUCAUCAGCGACUCCGCCACCGUCAACCUGUACCCCAAGAUCUUCCCGCUCAUCAAGAAGGGCGCGACGCUCGGUCUGUCGCACGGAUUCCUGCUGGGCCACCUCGAGUCGGUGAACGAGACGUUCCCCAAGGACAUCAACGUGGUCAUGAUGGCCCCUAAGGGCAUGGGUCCCAGCGUGCGUCGCCUGUAUGUGCAGGGCAAGACCGUGAACGGCGCCGGUAUCAACUCGAGUGUGGCCAUCCACCAGGACGUGACGGGCAACGCGUCCGAGAUCGCUCUGGGCUGGAGUGUCGGCGUGGGCGCUCCUUACACGUUCUACACGACCAUGUCCGACGAGUACAAGUCGGACAUCUUUGGUGAGCGCUGCAUCCUUCUGGGUGGCGUGCACGGCCUGGUCGAGUCGCUCUUCCGUCGCUACGUGCAGGACGGCAUGACCCCCGAGGACGCCUUCAAGAACACGGCCGAGUGCAUCACUGGUCCGCUGAACGAGAAGAUCUCGCACGACGGUAUCAAGUCGGUGUACGACAGCUUCAAGGGCGAGGACAAGAUCAUCUUCGAGAAGGCUUACACGGCCGCCUACACGCCGUGCCGUGAUAUCAUCGAGGAGGUGUACGACGACGUGGCCUGCGGUAACGAGAUCCGCAGUGUCAACAACGCUGUGGCCCGCCACGACCGCUUCCCGUUCGGCAAGAUCGACCAGACGUACACGUGGAAGGUCGGUGAGAAGGUCCGUGCCGCUCGUGACGGCAACUUCAUCAUGAACCCCUUCACGGCCGGCACGUACGUGGCCAUGAUGAUGGCUCAGAUCGACGUGCUUAUCAGUCACGGCCACUGCUACUCGGAGGUCGCUAACGAGUCGGUCAUUGAGUCGGUGGACUCGCUGAACCCGUACAUGCACGCCCGUGGCGUUGCUUACAUGGUGGACAACUGCUCCACGACGGCCCGUCUGGGCUCCCGUAAGUGGGCUCCUCGCUUCGACUACAUCCUGACGGAGCAGGCUUAUGUUGCUGUGGACGACAACAAGAUCAAGAACGAGGCUAAGAUCAUGAGCGACUUCAAGAACCACAAGAUCCACGACGUGCUCGCUGUGUGUGCGUCCAUGCGCCCCAGCGUCGACAUUUCGGUCGAUUAAGCGUCUUCAGAUGUGUAGUGGAUGCCUCGGAAAGGGGCGUUUAGUGCGUGCACGAGAGCAACAAAAUCACAACCGUGCCUAUAUAAUACACUUAACUGUGGCUACGUUAUGCCUCUUG